AUGGCGACUCCCAUGAUUGACCCCGCGCUCUUCGAGCAGCUCAAGUCCAAGAUCGAGACGGACACCAAGACCGGAAAGGAACUUGACCAGAUUCUCGAUGACCUAAACCAGCACAUUGCCUUCACCCAGGGCCUAUUCUCGCGGAUACACUCGACGCCGCGCUCGAAGUAUCCUUCCCUCCUAGGCCAGGUGGAAGAGGGCAUCCGGAAGGAGAUUGAGUCGGUCGGCAAGCUGUCCCAGUUCGCCUCGCAGUAUCCGUACUACAAGUACAAUUACAAGUGGACUCGCAUGAACCAAGAUGCCAUCUCCACGGUUCUGUUAUGUACCUGGCUGGGUGGAAUGGGAUCUGAGGCCCGACCCGGCGAGCUCGGCCGCCUGUUGACUCUUGAAGAGGUUGGAGAAGUCUUUCAGGUUCCUGUCAACCUGAAGGACCAAGAUGCCUUCCACGUUACGAUCGAGGAGUACCUCCUGGCGCUUAUCAACAUCGUCGACGAGCUGAGCCGCCUUGCUAUGAACUCGGUGACUCUGGGCGACACGGCGAUGGCGGUGCAGAUCAGCAGCUUCAUCAAGGACCUCCACGCGGGAUUCCAGGUCCUCAACCUGAAGAACGACAUCCUGCGAAAGAGAGUUGACUCGAUCAAGUAUGCGGUCAAGAAGGUCGAGGAUGUCGUCUACGACCUGUCGCUACGGAACCUCAUUCCGGCUAAGGCAUCAGAAUAA